AUGAGAUAUCUAUUCAGUUUUAUUCUCUUACAUUUGAUUUUUGCUACUCCACAAAUCAAUCUUCAUUAUACAGAGUGGUUAAGUGAAAAUGAAAGUAAUAAUGUAUUACAACAUGAUUGUAUACGUGUCCCUGCUUCUAUUGACGAAGCAAAUAUUAAACAUGAAAUUAUAUCUUAUUGUAUGAAUGAUUUACCAUCGAAAUUUCAUAUCGAAAACAAGGAUAUUUUUCCAAAGUUUACUUUUGCUGAACUUUCGAAAUUGAGUAUUACUAGUGAACAAUUAUAUGUUUGGUCAGCACCGAUCGAUCUUGUUGAACGCUAUCAAUUCUAUUUAAAUCUAUUAUUAACAUCAAAUGCUAUACCUCUCGAAAAGCAAGUUUUCUUUAAUUGUACACUACCAAGAUUUGGUUCUAUGUGUCAAUAUGAAAUUAUUUAUUAUCACUCAAAUCAUUCAUCCUUAUAUGAAAUUAUUCAUGAAUAUUAUCGUUCAUAUGAAUAUAAUCCUAUCAAUUUGACCUGUUAUACUCAUUUACAAUGUAAUCGUGGUCCUUUUCCAGCAUGUUUAGAUUGGAGUGAAAUAUGUGAUGGACAAGUAGAUUGUCUCGAUGGUGAUUUUGAUGAAGAGCAUUGUUGGCAACUUGAAAUGAAUGAAUGUAAUGAUAAUGAAUAUCGAUGUAGUAAUGGACAAUGCAUACCACAGUCGUUUUUUCGAGAUGAUAUUAAUACUCCUGAUUGUCUUGAUGAUUCUGAUGAAGUUCCAAAAUAUAGGGUAGCAGUUCAGUACUGUAACAAAGCAAUACCAUCAUUUGGUUGCGAAGAAAAGAUACGUCAGUAUACUUUCGUGACAAAAUCUUCUGUGUUACAACGCAAAGACUUACUAUUGAAAGCAAUCUAUUCUGCUAAAGAUAAUUCGAUAUCUGAACAAUGUUGGUCAGCAUUUAAAUGCCUCUUACAAGUACCAGGUUCAGAACGGCCAUUUUGUCGUAAUAUUUGUGAAAGCUUCGUUUGUGUUGAGAUCAUACAAAACACAUGUCCAGAUAUGUUUUAUAUGCCGAAUGUUCCAUUUUUUUUUGGUCACAUUUACUUUGCACAUACAAAAAAUGAUUCAAUAAUUUUGGCCAAUAGACAUUUUGCACCACCUUAUCUAUGCUAUAACAAUUCUCUUUAUGAUGAGUAUUUUAUUGAUCACCCAAAAGUUUUUUUUCAAAAUAGAACAUGUUUCCGUUCUCCUCUGCGAUGGUCUCAUAUGUCUUUCUCCACUGUAUGGAAUGUGAGAUAUCACAUGCCGUUAUACGCACUAUACAAAGAUUUGAAGCGAUUUAAUCUAAUUAUUAACUAUACUGCUGAAAUUUGUAAUAGACCAAAAAUGUACCAGUGUUUGAAUUCGGUCAAAUGUAUCCCAACAAAUCGUCUCAUGGACAAUAAAAACGACUGUCCUCACAAAGAUGACGAAGACCUGACGCAAAUGAUUUACUCUAAUUUAACAGAACUUUUAAGAAGCCAUUUCAAAUGUGAAAUCGCUAACAAUUACAUACAUCAAUCGCUUGUUCAAAAUGGAGAAUGCGAAUGUAAACUUGCAGACCAAGAUUGGUGUGAAGAUGAAGACUUUCAUAUUCACUAUGUUCGAAAGAAUAUUUCAUUUCCAACUAUUUGUGAUGAAUUCACUGAACUCAUUCCAAAAGCUAUCGACGGACAAAAUGAAACAGAUGAAACAGAAUGUGAACAAUGGUCAUGUAAUAACAUUUAUACUCGUUGUGAUGGUUUAUGGAACUGCCCACGUGGUGAAGACGAAAUUGGUUGUGAUGUAUCUUCAACCUUAAAUUGUUCUGCAGAUCAUCACAAAUGUGUUUCACCUGACACAACCCAACUUAUAUGUCUAUCUAUUGAGAAAGCCAAUGAUGGCAAGAUCGAUUGUCUUGGCGCUACUGAUGAGCCAACAUUAUGUCAAACGAAAUAUCANUUCUCUAACAUCAUUUUUUUUGUCCAUGUCUGUUGGUACUAG